AUGAAAAAAUCAACGCGAUGUGCACCCAUUGCCUGCACUUUCGUGGUGCUAAUGGUUUCCGUCAGCCAAGUAGUUGCUCUUUACAAUGAUACGCUUGCGCCCCUAGAUGUGCUUACACCGCUCAACGAAAGUACACCUCAAAUUGGCUGGGACGCUCCUCCUCAACUCCAAAAAGACUCAAAUAAUACCAGCAUGUCGGAACUUGCGCAGUGGCCGAAUGGACAGCUGGACUGCGCUCAAGGGUAUCGUCAAUUCAACGAGCUCACACAAAAGAAGGUCUACCACAUCGGCAUCUAUGCACCCGAUGACAUCGAGACUACCGUUCAAGCGUUCAAUCUUACCUUCGAGACUUACCUCAACGAGGCAGUUGGAAAACGGUGGGAUCCUCCUAUCGAGUUCAAGAUGGUACCUACACGAUCACCAUUGACUGCAUGGAUCGAUGAAAGCGAAGACGUGGAUAUGAUGUACGCGGACUCUGGCUUCUUCUCGUGCACUGGUACCGAGAUUGGAGCUCAGCCUCUUGGAACCACAUUGUCACGCACCAAGGUUAGAGGACGAUAUUAUGAUCUUGAUGUCCUCGGUGGAACCAUGCUUGUCG